AUGCUGGACGACCAGCGCCUGCUCAUCCUCGGCGGCGUGGACCGCCGCGCGCGCUUCAGCGACGUGUGGGUCUACGAUGCCACCGCGGACGGCGGCAAGGGAUCCUGGUCGCUCGCAGACACCGGGCCCGGCCCCGCGCCCGAGCCACGCGCGCACUUCAGCGCAACGAGGGUGGACGACCGCAUCAUUGUAUUUGGCGGCUACGGCGGCGGCGGGCAGGUGUUUGGUGACACGUGGGUGCUGCACGUGCUCGGCCCAGGUGGCGCCCACGGCUUCCGGUGGGAGAACAUCACAGACCAGCUGCAGGGCGACGCACCCCCAGCGCGCUUCGACCACGCCGCGUUCGUGUUCCCGGUCACGCCUAACAGCGUGUCCUUCGACAAGCUCAUGAUCAUGGGCGGCCGCGACGUCGGGGUUGUGCUGGGUGAUGCCCACGUGUUGGACCUCGCAACGUUCACCUGGGAGCGCGCCGGGGUGCCUGACGGCAGCUCCAGCGGCGCCGCCGCCGGCGCGCCGGCGCCUGUCGGGGAGGUGUGCUGCGCGGUUGUGGAGGACGUGGAGAGCGUCCCCCACCACAAGGUGUUCAGCUUUGGGGGGAAGCGCGGGAUGAUGUCAUACCUCAACAGCGUGGAAGUCUUGGACUGCGGCAGCAGGGCCUGGAGCACACCGCCACUGGAGGCUGGCAGCAAGGCGCCAUCGGGAAGGGAAGACACUGCAUGGGCGUACGACAGCCGCACCUCCAGCCUGCUUAUGUUUGGCGGGUGGGCAAACUGCUGGCUGGGGGACUUGCUGAAGCUCAACGCCUCCCAGAUCAUAGGGCCGCCCUACGCCUGCACAGGUAUCAGCCCCGAGUCUGGCCCCGUGUUUGGCGAGGCGGACAUCACCAUCUCGGGCCUGCGAUUCCGCCCGGGCCGCAUCCAGGUCCGCUUCGCCAGCGACCACUGCAAGAGCGAGGCCGUCGCCGAGGGCGAGUUCGUCGACGCCACCACCAUACGCUGCAAGACCCCCAACUUUGAGGCGUUUGGCGCCGGCAGCGUCGACGUUCGGGUGUCCAUCAACGGGGAGGGCUGGACUGUCAACCGGCUCGGCUACACGUAUUUCGCCAACACGGCUGCCCGCAACUGCCUGGCGUUCGGCCCCGGCCUGCUGCCCGCUGCCGGCGCGUUCGGCCUGGCCCUGCCGUUCGUCAUCCAGGCGCGCGACACGCUCAACGACCGCCGCACCGGCGGCGGGGACGUGUUUGCGGUGCGCGUCACCGUGGGCGGCAAGGACGUGGAGGGUGCGACGGCUGGUGUCCGUGACCUGGGAAACGGCCACUACCAGGCGCACUACAGCGUGCCGCUGCCGGGGGCCUACCAGGUGCACGUCCUCCACACCGAGCUGGGCGCGGCAGAGCCCGUCCCCAUCCGCGGCAGCCCCUUCAGCGUCACCGCCAGCGACCCCUGGGUCCGCCACCGGACCAGUGGCGCGGCGCCCGGCAAGCGCAAGGGCGCGUCGCUGGUGUCCAUCGGCGGGGAGCUGGUGCUCUAUGGCGGCGACAAGUCUGGCGCCAACGUGUGCGUGCCCUUUGGUGCCAGCGGCGAGUGGCGCUGGGCGCAGGUCGCGGCAGCGGGCCCCGCUCCCCCGGACCGCGGCAUGCACGGCGCGGCCGUGUGGGGCGGCGCCAUGGUCGUGUUUGGCGGCGCCGCGAUGGACGCUGGGGGCGCUGAGCUCUCAGACGUCUGGUGGCUGCGCAAGCAGGGUAGCAGCUGGGCCUGGGGGGCACCGGGGCGGCACACGCCCUACGUCAGGCUGGACGCCGACGGGCAGCCGGUCGGCGAGCCCGCGGCGGUCCUGGCGCGCCAGGCUGCCGCAGUGGCGGUUGUCGCGGACGAGCUCCUCGUGCUGGGCGGCGAGGCGAGGGGCGAGCUGGUGGGGGAGCCCUGCAGCGCCGAUCUAGGGGACGCCCAGGUUGCCAAUUGGCAGGCUUUCCACAUGCGCGGCGAGGCCCCAGCGCCCCGCAAGGGCGCGGCUGCGGCGGCGAGCGGCGCGCGCGUGGUCAUGUUUGGUGGCAGCGUGGUGGAUGCGGCCGCCGAGCAGGCUGUCACUGACGAGCUGGUGGUUCUCGACAUGGUGCCAGGCACAACCGGCACAGCCACCUGCCUCACUCUCAAGCGCCCCGAGCCCGCGGCGGGCGUCUCGGGCGCAGAGUGGCCCGCGGCGCGCGCGGGCGCGUCGCUCGCGGAGUGCAGCCCUGGGCAGCUGUUCCUGUGCGGCGGCGUGGGCGCUGACGGGCGCCCGCUCAACGACGCGUGGGUGCUUGAUGCGGCGACGCUGACGUGGCGUUGCGCCUACAGCGGUAGCCCGGACCUGGUUUCGCCAUCAGGCGCGCUGGUGGCGCUGUGCGACGGCAAGCUCUUCACUGUCACCGGCCCGGCCGGCUCCUCCAAGCUCGACCAGCUGGAGUCGCUCGACCUGUUUGCCCUGGCGGGCUCCUACGCGUUUGGCGAGCGCAUGCGGUCAGAGGUGGCGGGGCUGCUGCAGGGCCUGGAGGUGUGGGCGGAGAAGCAGGCGACAGGGAUGGAGCUGGCGGCGCAGCCGGAAGGGCUGGCGGCCAACUUUGAGAGCCUGCUGAGGGUGAUGGACGCGCUGUAUCAGGUGCGGGUGCGCAAGGCCGACACCGACCUGGCUAUUGACCAGCUGAGGGAGAUACUGGGCCACCUGGCUGCGGAGCGCGCACCUGGCGUUGGGAAGCUCGAGAAGCGGCUCGAGGAGGUGGCCCAGCGCUGGGACGGUAUUAAAAAGUCUCAGCUGCAAGUCAAGAGCAGCCUGGAGACGGUGCAGGCAUCCCAGGCGGAGCGCAUCCGCGGCGACAUUACCGCUUUUGGCGGCCGCGUCACGGCCGCGCGUGCGUCGUUCAAGACGCGCCCCUACUUUUCGUGGUCGGCAGGCGCCUCAGCCGCCUAUGCAGCGCUCGACACAGCGGCGGCAGAGCUGGCCAAGCUGCGCAAGGAGUGCGACCGCUUCUCCGAGCUGGCGCGGAUGUUUGAGCUUGCGGACGCGGUCAAGCCCAUCUCUGACCAGCUGGCGGAGGCGCGCGAGGACCUUGUGGCCAUCAAGGACGUGUGGGACUGCGCACAGUUGUGCGAGCUCCAAUUCGCCGCGUGGCGCGACACCCUGUGGAACGACAUCAGGACCGAUGAAAUGGAGGAGGGUGCCAAGGGCUUUGUCAAGGAGGUCAAGGGGCUCAGCAAGAAGGUUCGUGACGAGGCUGUGUUCAAGGGCCUGGACCAGUCCGUGAAGAACUACCUGGUGUCGGUGCCGCUGGUGGCAGACCUGCGCAGCCCCGCCAUGAGGCCGCGCCACUGGCAGGCGCUCAUGGACGCCACAGGGGUCAAGUUUGAUGUCGCGGACCCGGCCUUCAAGCUGGGGCAGCUGCUGGCACUGGAGCUGCACCGCUUCGAAGAGGAGGUGUCUGAGAUCGUGGACCGCGCCCAGAAGGAGGAGAAGAUGGAGGCCGGCCUCACCAAGCUGGACGACGUCUGGGGCCAUGUGGCCUUCCAUUUUGCGCCCCACAAGGAGGGGUCUGACGUGGCGCUGGUCAAGAUGGCCGAGGAGGACUUUGAGAUGCUGGAGGACAACCAGGUGCUGGUGCAGGGCAUGAUGGCCAACCGCUACAUGGCCACCUUCAGGGACACCAUCCUCGGCUGGAACAAGAAGCUCAUGGCCGUCGCAGACAUACUUCUGACCGAGAUCCAGCGCACCUGGGCCUACCUGGAGUCGCUGUUCAUAGGCAGCGAGGAGGUCAAGAGGGAGCUGCCAGACGCAACGCAGCGCUUUGCCCGCGUCGAUGCCGACAUUAAGGGCGUGCUCAGGGAGUUCAAGGGCACCCAGAACUGCGUGGCUUGCUGCAACCGCGAGGGCCUGCUCAAGUUCCUGGAGGGCCAGCAGUCCGCGCUGGAGGUCUGCGAGAAGGCGCUGGCGGACUACAUGGAGUCCAAGAGGCGCGCCUUCCCGCGCUUCUACUUUGUGUCCACGGCCGACCUGCUGGACAUCCUGUCCAACGGCAACAACCCGCACAAGGUGAUGCAGCACAUGUCCAAGUGCUUCCAGGCCAUCGACCGCCUUAAGCUCGACCAGUCCGAGGCGCAGCCGGACGGGCAGCGGCCUCGCGGGCUGGGCAUGGUGUCAUGCGUGGGGGAGGAGUAUGUGCCGUUCAAGAGCGCCCUGCCGCUGGAGGGCAAGGUGGAGUCAUACAUGAAUGAUGUCAUUGCCAAGAUGAGGGGGGAGCUGCGGCAGGUGUGCAAGGACAGCGUCGCCGCCUACCCCGGCGCGCCGCGCGACAAGUGGCUAUUUGACUGGCCCAGUCAGAUCAUUCUGGUUGUCAACCAGAUCUUCUGGUGCCAGGAGGUGGAGCAGGCGUUUGCGGACAUGGCCAAGGGCAACAAGUCUGCCAUGCGUGACUACAACGCAUUCCAAGUCAAGCAGCUCACGCGGCUUAUCGAGGUCACGCGCACAAAUCUGGCGCGCGCGGACAGGCAGAAGGUCAUGAACAUGAUCACGAUCGACGCCCACAGCCGCGACAUGGUGGCCAACAUAGCUGAUGCGGGGGAGGUGGACGCCGACUGCUUCCUGUGGAUGUGCCAGCUCAGGUCCUACUGGGACGCAAAGCUGGGGGACUGCAGGAUCAAGAUCUGUGACGCGUCAUUCCCCUACGGCUAUGAGUACCUCGGCAACGGCCCGCGCCUGGUCAUCACGCCCCUCACCGACCGCAUCUACAUCACAGCCACGCAGGCCUGCUGGCUUUGCCUGGGGACGGCGCCUGCUGGGCCGGCGGGCACGGGCAAGACUGAGACCACAAAAGACCUCUCUGCCCAGCUGGGCAAGAGCGUGUACGUGUUCAACUGCUCGCCAGAGAUGGACUACCGCACGAUGGGGGAUAUCUUCAAGGGCCUCGCCGCGAGCGGCUCCUGGGGCUGCUUCGAUGAAUUCAACCGCCUCGUGCCAGAGGUGCUGAGCGUCUGCAGUGUGCAGUACAAGUGUGUCACCGAUGCCCAGAAGAGGAAGAGCCUCUUGCCCGGACGGGGCCUCGAGUUUGUGGACAAGUCGGGCGUCAACCACCCGCCGGUGGCGGGCUGGACGUUUGUGGCGGCGGACGGCGUGGAGAUGCCGCUGGAGGAGGGCACCAGCGCCUUCAUCACCAUGAACCCCGGCUACAUUGGGCGUGCGGAGCUUCCUGAGAGCCUCAAGGCCCUGUUCCGGCCCAUCACGGUGGUGGUGCCCGACAGGCAGCUCAUCAUGGAGAACAUGCUCAUGGCGGAGGGCUUCGUCGAGGCCAAGAUGCUGGCCAAGAAGUUUGCCAGCCUGUACUUCCUGCUGGAGGACCUCCUCAGCCCCGCAAAGCACUACGACUGGGGCCUGCGCGCCAUCAAGUCGGUGCUGGUGGUGGCUGGUAGCCUGCUGCGCGCGGAGGAGGGCCAGGUGGAGGCGCAGGUGCUGUUCCGCGCCCUCAGGGAUUUCAACAUCCCCAAGAUCCUUGUUCAGGUUCAACGCGCGCGAUGCUGCUGCGGUAUGCUGCUGCCGCUGCUGCUGCUGCUGCUGCCGCCGCCGCUGCUGCUGCUCCUGCCGCUGCUGCUGCUGCCGCCGCUGCUGCUGCUGCUGCUGCUGCCGCCGCCGCCGCUGCUGCUGCUGCUGCUGCCGCCGCCGCUGCCGCUGCGGCUGCUGCUGCUGCUUGGGGUUGACCCGCCGCGCAAGAGGGACCUGGCCUUUGAAGAGGUCAUCCGCGCCACGGCGGUGGAGAUGAAGCUCGCGCCAGAGGACGACUUUGUGCUGCGCGUGGUGCAGCUGAGCGAGCUGCUGGCCAUCCGCCACUGCGUCUUCCUCAUGGGCCCCACCGGCUGCGGGCGCACGGAGUGCUACAGGGUGCUGGCUAAGGCCAUUGCCAAGGGCACGGCGGAGCCGAUCAAUGACUACUUGAAGAUGACCAACAAGAAGAAGGUCCUGAUUCGCGACAUUAACCCCAAGAGCGUGUCCACGCAGGAGCUCUAUGGCUUCGUCAACAUGGCCACACGCGAGUGGAAGGACGGCCAACUGUCCUACAACAUGCGCGAGCUGGCCAACAUGCCCGACACCAACCCCAAGUGGAUCCUGCUGGACGGCGACCUGGACGCCAACUGGGUGGAGAGCAUGAACAGCGUCAUGGACGACAGCCGGCUGCUCACACUGCCCAGCAACGAGCGCAUCCGACUGCUGCCUCACAUGAAGAUGAUCUUUGAGAUCCGCGACCUCAAGUUUGCCACGCCCGCCACCGCCACGCGCGCCGGCAUCCUGUACAUCUCUGAGGGCCGCCAGUGGUCCAACAUGGUGACCUCCUGGCUGGACCGAGUGGCAAAGCCAUACGCAGAGAAGGCCAAGUGGAAGGCGAGUCAUGCUGGCGAUUCUGGCGCUGACCCGUCUGUCCCUGCCAAGUGGCUGGGGGAAUUGUUUGACAAGUACGUGCCAGAGUGCAUCUUGGAGAUGAGGCGCAGCUACAGCCACAUCACACCGCUGGGCACGAUGAACCUGGUGACGACGCUGGUGAACACUCUGGAGGGGCUGCUCAAGCCAGAGAACCUCAGCAACAAGGCUGACCAGGCGCUGUUUGAAAUGUACUUUGCAUUUGCGGCAAUCUGGGCCUUUGGUGGUGCGCUGGUCGAGAAGGACGGCAUCGACUACCGCCGCAAGUUUGACAAGUGGUGGAAGGCCACCUGGACGUCCGUCAAGAUGCCGGGCAAGGGCAGCGUGUAUGACUACUACGUCAACCCCAAGACAGCAAAGUUCACGCCCUGGGCAGAGCUAGUGGCUGACGUGCCCUAUAAUAGCGCCACCACACAGAUGGGGUCUGUGUUCGUGCCGACCUCGGAGACCUCGAGCCUGCGCUUCUUCCUCGACAUCAUGGUGGACCUGGGCAAGCCCAUCAUGUUUGUGGGCGGCGCCGGCGUGGGCAAGACGCAGCUGGUCAAGGGCAAGCUCGCCACGCUGCCCGAGGAGGUGCUGUCGCUGGCCAUCAGCUUCAACUACUUCACCGACGUGGCGUCCUUCCAGAAGGUCCUGGAGGGCCCCCUGGAGAAGAAGGCGGGCAUCAACUACGGCCCACCUGGCACCAAGCAGCUCAUCUACUUUGUCGAUGACCUCAACAUGCCAAAGCUGGACCCCUAUGAGACCGCCAUGCCCAUCUCCCUCAUACGCCAGCACCUGGGCUGGGGCCACUG